GAGGCCUUGAACAAGCUUGGAUUUGCUCUAUAAAACGAAACCCUAAAGACCCUCAGUGCGUAGGGCCUAGUCGAAAUGGGAAAGAAGAGAACCCAACGAGAAGCGGAAGAAGCCGCGGCUCACGAAACGUGCAAUACUGUUAAGUCCGAUCUUGAGCUCGCCCCCGUUAACGGAGGCCACGCGGAGAAGAAGACAAGUGUGAAAAAGAAGAAGGAACAGAGACACGAACGAGAGGGAGAAAAUGUAAACAAAAGCAGACCCGAGAUCGAAGCAGAGGCGGCGAAUGCCGAUUCUAAACAUAAGAAGAAGAAAAACGAAGACUUGGAGGGGAGUAAUUCUGCCCUUUCAAAGGAAUUGCCCACAGUCUCCAUUGCCCUUCCGGGGUCUAUCAUCGAUAAUGCACAGUCCCUCGAGCUAGCCACCCGCCUGGCAGGACAAAUUGCACGUGCUGCAACCAUUUUCCGGAUAGAUGAGUCAAUUCUCAAGAUAGUUCAGACAUACCCUUGGAGCCCAAUUUAGAUGAAAAUGAAAGCGGGGCAGCAUUUCUCUUUAUGAUUCUGAAGUAUAUGGAGACACCUCAGUAUCUAAGAAAGAGCCUAUUUCCCAUGCAUAAAAACUUAAGAUUUGUGGGCUCAUUACCCCCACUCGAUGCCCCACAUCAUUUGCGGAAGCACGAAUGGGCUCCUUUUCGAGAAGGUAGCAUUCAAAAAUAAUUCCAUCAUUGAAGAAUGGCU